AACACAGUCACUCUAAUUCUCAUAUGUAUACAAAUUGGCGUUUCGUGUGUGAAAAAUCAUAUUUUCGCAAAGAAAUUACUUAAAACUCGUGAACAAGUUCCUACGUAACGAGCACAAUCGAGCUUAGCCCCACCCCAAUUACAUAUCCGCUGUAGUUGCACACUGAGUCAGCACAAAAAAGCUAGUUUUUACAUUUCGCGACCGUGAGUCAGAUUUCCAGAUUUCACUUCCCCACCCAAAAACAACAAGACAAACGUCUUGCCUCGCAACCACUUGCUAAAAGCUUAAGUGAUCUCAGCCGCACCAAGUCACCUAGCAAUGGCCGCCGUGGAGAAUCCCGAGCCCCGCACUGAGCUGCAGGAGCUGCAGUUCAAGUCCGGCCAGGUGGCCGAUGAAUCGCUGGAGAGCACACGGCGGAUGCUCAGCCUCAUGGACGAGAGCAAGGAGGCGGGCAUCCGCACGCUGGUGGCCCUGGACGACCAGGGGGAGCAGCUGGACCGGAUCGAGGAGGGCAUGGACCGGAUCAACGCGGACAUGAGGGAGGCGGAGAAGAAUCUGAGUGGCAUGGAGAAGUGCUGUGGCAUCUGCGUGCUGCCCUGGAAGAAGGUAAACAUCAAGGACGACGGCGAGAGCGCCUGGAAGGCCAACGACGAUGGCAAGAUCGUCGCCAGCCAGCCGCAGCGCGUCAUCGACGAGCGGGAACGCGGCGGCAUGGGUGCUCCACCGCAGUCCGGCUAUGUGGCCAGGAUCACGAACGAUGCGCGCGAAGACGAGAUGGACGAGAACCUGGGACAGGUCAACUCCAUGCUGGGCAACUUGCGCAACAUGGCCCUGGACAUGGGCUCCGAGCUGGAGAACCAGAACAAACAGGUGGACCGCAUCAACGCCAAGGGCGAUGCCAACAACAUUCGCAUGGACGGGGUGAACAAGCGCGCCAACAACCUGCUCAAGAGUUAAAUAUGCACAAAGGACACGUCCCGAAUCGAUAGCGAACACGAUAGCCAGGCACCUCCGCUUCUAUCUUGUUAGGGAAUCGAACCAAUGUUGUGGGCACAAACCGUAGCAGGUGGUUAAUGCGUUAUUUACUAUAUACCAUAUAUUAUAUACAUAUACAAGUAGCCACCAGUAUCUACUCCUGGCAGACGCAAGCGUAACAGGUACCCACCCAUCUACUUAAAAGCACUACGAGCUACGCCGCCGGAUGAACUAACUACUUUCUACAAAACUCUAUAUAUAUGCGAACCAACAUACUAAUUACUUACUAUUACUACACUCGUGUACAAAUGGCGACCACAAGUUGCCGGAAACAAUUUUAUUAUGAGAUUUACCGUAUGAUGUACUCUGUUUUUGUGGUACAAACUUUUUGAGCAUUUUACCGAACUUUGUGAAAUCAAACCAAGCAACUGCUGAGAUGGAUAUAUGUGAAUUGAUGUAUUUACAAUUCGUAGAACCACCGCAACCCCCGGGCCACGACAAGCAAAAGCGAAUGCAAGAGCAAACAAAGACGGGCGGUAACCAUAUCGUAGCCAAUUUUAUGU